AUGGAGGACUACGCAUCCAGCUUUCUCGACGUUAUUGACGAGUCGACCGAUCUGGCGGCCGACGACCGCGACGAUGAGAGUCACCAUGAGGCCGAGGCAGCGGCGGGUGCCGAGCCAGGCAAGAAGCGGAGGAGUUUGCGUAACGGCAUCUUUCGCGCUGCCAACCUCCAGGACAAGCUGUUGGAAAAACUCGUCUCCCAAGUGAUACCCGCCGACGACAGCCAGGCCCAGCCACGGGAUGUAUCCAACGACGACUUGCCCGGCGGCUUCGCCGAGAGACCGGGCUUCUCACUCCCGCUGAUGACCACCAACUUCCGGCGCUUCAACGCGCGCAUCGGGGUAGUCUUCCGAUUCCAAGCCCGUGCCCUACGCCUAUUCGCCUGGCGCCGGCCCACGCACACACUCUCCUUCCUAGCCGUCUACACCUUCGUCUGUCUCGACCCCUACCUCCUCUUCGCACUCCCACUCGCACUCUCCCUCUUCGGCAUCCUAGUCCCAUCCUUUCUCGCCCGCCACCCGGCGCCCGCGUCCGACGCCGACCGCGUGCGCAACAUGAGCUACUCACCCCGCGGCCCGCCGCUAGCUCCCGCGCGCACGGUGAAACCCACGAAAGAACUGUCGCGGGACUUCUUCCGCAACAUGGGCGACCUGCAGAACGUGAUGGAGGACUUCAGCGUGGCGCACGACAAGGUCCUCGCGCUGGUGGUGCCCAAGACGAAUUUCUCCGACGAGGCGCUGUCGUCGGGGGUGUUUGUGCUGCUGUUCGCCGGUUCGUUAGUCAUGCUCAUCGCGGGGCACUUGCUCCCGCUGCGGUUGAUCGCGUUGGUGGGCGGUUGGGCGGGGAUUUGGUCUGGCAAUCCCACCGUGGCCAGGUGGUUGCGCCAAGCUCAGCAACACUAUCUCUCCCCUCCUCCCACAGACAACAAACCUGCCCCCCAGCAACAACAACAACAACCACCAUUACCCAUCCCCAUCCCCAAAACAGCAACACCCCCCAACCCCAUCCAAACCCUCCAAACCCUCCUCACCCACGACAUCCUCCUCGACACCGCCCCCGAAACCCGCGAAGUCGAAAUCUUCGAACUCCAACACCAAUCCUCCCCCCUCUCCCGCGAAUGGGAACCCUGGCUCUUCUCCCCCUCCCCCCACGACCCUCUCUCCGCCGCCCGCCUCGCCCACGACCGACCCAGCGGCGCGCGGUUUUUCGAAGACGUCCUGCCCCCCGAGGGUUGGGAAUGGAGCGAGAAGAAGUGGGCGUUGGAUCUGUGGAGUCGGGAGUGGGUGGAGGAGAGGAUUAUUACGGGGGUGGAGGUUGAGACGGAGGGGGAGAGGUGGGUUUAUGAUAUGUGGGCUGGUCCUGCGGCCGCUCCGAAUGAUAGUGGAAACGCUGGGGAUGAUGGUGAUGAGACCGGGGGUUGGUUUGGUGGUGGCGGAGGCGGGCGAGAGACGAGUGAGGUUGGGCCUGGGGAGGUUGGGGCCGGCGGGGUGGGUGAUGGGGGCCCGCAGUUGCCGGUGCCGGCGCCGGGGGUGAGUUGGGAGGAGAGGGAGGCUGGGUUGGGGAGGAGGGGGCAGUGGAGACGACGGCGGUGGGUGAGGAUGGUGAAGCGGCGGAAGGUGGUGUCGUGA